GUCUGCUAGGUAUGCUGGACAACAUUGUGUCCCCAGGGACUGUCUCUUGUUGGGUGAUCGCUAUUCAGCAAAUGACAAGAAGUUGAAUAUUACUUGAAAUCGGAAAUUAAAAACUUCAAAGAGAUUGCCAGCAAAAACAACAUAGAAUCAGCUACAGAAAGCAUGUUAGUGUUCUGUUGUUCAUGAUCCUUAGUGAGAAGAGUUCCCCAUAAGUGCAAAGAACGCUGUUUUGCAAGUGAAAGUGGCCUAACAUACAAGUGAAGCAUUCAGCUGACUUUCAAGUUUUUUGUGCCUCUUGCCAUGUGAUUUGAUCGAUGCACAAUAUCAUGGAGAAUGGUUUGUUUGGUGUUCCAAUAGAUAUGGCAGGAAGGAAUUCUGUUGCUACAGAUCGAUCAUCACAGAGAACCCCAAACUCACUUGUCCAGUUUGAUUCAUUCAACCUUAACAACCAUAGUCAGACAGUGGUUGGAUUGACCAUGCUUCCGACAUUGCAAGGAGAACCUAUCAAUGAUCUCCAUGCGAACAUUCACUUGGCCAAUCGAUCUUCAGUUAUGAACUCAGAGGCAUUAAUUACAUCUCUUGAAAGGAAUAUAGUGGGAGAUGCUUUACCUGGCUGUUCACGUUCUAUUAGUAACACUCCGUUUGAUGAGCAAUUUGGGGGUGGAACAACAAUUUCUAGUUCUUCACUUGCUACUCUUUUAGCCACAAGAAGUGGUCUUCAAGAAAAUCCGAAUGACUUGGCAAUUUCAGGACCAUCAAGCUACCCUUUAGACGAGUUUAGGUCUUUUGUUUCAAAUGACUGCACCAAUGCUUUGAGCUCUUCAUUUGCAUCGUCUUUGAAUUAUGGAUGUGGUGAAGUAUUUGGUAACAUGAAUAGUAAGGAGGAUUUUGACAGGUUUCCUGCUCCUGUAGAGCUUGGUGGACGAGCAUCUGUAAGAGCAGGAUUUCAACCAUAUUCGUCCAUUGGAAGCCUGCAGCUGAAUAGCUGGGUAGAGCCAAAUGGUGUGAAUGUGAGUGCAGGUGACCCUUUUGCAUCUGGUAAACCUACUAACGAGCUCUCUUUAAGUCUUUCCACAUCCCAGCCUUCUGUCAUAGAUAGAAGUAUCCCAGAUCAAUGCUUGGAGAUAAGUUGUAAUCAUUUAACACGCCAUUGCUUGAAAGAAACAAGGUCAUGCUCUGAACAGACUUCUUCUAGUAGUAAGGAGCUUUCUUUGAGUUGCAAUUCUUAUAACGCUGGUCAAUUUUCACAAGUAUUAGUAGGAUCCAGAUAUCUUCAUGUAAUACAGGAAAUACUUGCUAAAAUUGCAAGCUAUUCACUAGAGAAUGUGGACCAGAUAAGCUCUUCUACUGUUUGGUUCAAGACUGGAGCAAGUACACCAUUCUCUUCAAGUUACCCUACUGAAGGAGGUAUGGUGUCGAUGGGUUCUGAUGAAUCUCCUGGUGUGAAUGGUAGAUUCGAAGUUCAAAUGGAUCCAGCACUUCAGAAACGGGCGCUAGAAGCAAAGAGAACACAAUUGCUAACCCUACUACAAGUGGUUGAUGAACGAUAUAGCCAAUGCUUGGAUGAAAUACAUACAGUUAUAUCAGCGUUCCAUGCUGCAACUGAGUUGGACCCACAGAUUCACACUCGUUUUGCUCUCCAAACAAUCUCUUUCUUGUGCAAACGCCUUAGGGAUAGGAUUAGCAACCAAAUCCUAGCAAUGGGAGCUCAGUUAGAUAGUGGAGACACCAUAGAGAUAGAAGGAUCUUUUGAAAGUUCGUACUUACAGAAGCAAUGGACUCUACAGCAGCUGAAGAAAAAAGAUCAUCCGCUGUGGAGACCCCAGAGAGGAUUGCCAGAACGAUCUGUCUCAGUUCUGCGUGCCUGGAUGUUUCAGAACUUUCUUCACCCGUACCCUAAAGAUGCAGAAAAGCAUUUGCUAGCAGUAAAAAGUGGACUAACAAGAAGCCAGGUAUCCAAUUGGUUUAUAAAUGCUCGUGUUCGUCUAUGGAAACCGCUGAUAGAGGAAAUGUAUGCUGAGAUGAACAGAAGAAAGGCGCACCAAAUCGAGGAGGGAACCUACAGCAAUCACAGAGGCCAGAUUAGCAUCUGCAAUCCAAGAUUUAAUGUGAAUUAGAGAGCGGGAAGUAAAACUAGACAUGGUAAUGGCAUAAAGAACCACUUGUUAAUUACUAUUAUUUAAUAGAUGAAAAAGAGAAAGACAUCCACAGCUGGAUAUAAUAGUAUAUAAAUGUUCCACAAAGUUUUGGGGUUCACAAUUUAAUCAUGUAUUAUCAGUAUUAGUCCUCCAUUAGCCUGGAUAAUUAAGUGGAAUUAUUUUGUAUGCGUUGGACAUGCCAUGCCCAACCUUUCUUUAUUGCAGACCAGAUUAUGUAGUCUUCUUUUGACUUAUGCCAACAUAAAUAACUAAAGAGUGGGUGUAGCGUGUA